AUGUCCGAUGAGGAGGAGAGAGAGACUAAGCCUUUCAAGUUCGUCACUGCUGGUAUGGACUUCUUUAACUCGGUUACUCGGUUGGUGUCGGAUUGAUCGAUUGGGGAGGUGACGAUGAGAUGGAAAGGGGUGAACACGGAAAAUUAACGUUUUUUUGUUUGUUCUUCUCUUUUGGCGGGCGUAGGUUUCGAUGCACGAUUUCCACAUCAGAACCAGACUAAGCACUGCUGGCAAAACGUAUGUUAUUUCUCUCUCUCUCUUUCUUGGCCGUACCGAAGAAUGGCUAACUGCGGCUGACAGUACGUCGACUACUACAAAUGUAUUAAUGCAAAGGGAGAGGAUUUCGCUCCCUGCAAGCAGGUUUGUCAUAUUCACGUACGAGAUUGUUAUUUUUUGCACCUCCGCUAAUUGCGUGCAAUGACAGUUCUACCUUGCGUUCAGGUCCUUGUGCCCGAACCCUUGGAUCGAGAGAUGGGACACCCAACGGGGUAUGUCCCCCCCCCCCCCCCACUUCAACUUCAACAUAUCUCGAGAUACGUAUUCUAAUAGCACCACAGAGAACGGAAACUUUCCCGCAAAAUUGGAUUCCUAA